AUGGCAGAUACCACCGAAGAGCUCAACGAGCUCUUCGCAGCUGCUGCCCCCAAUGGACUUCCCAAGGACGUCCUGGCCGAACUGCAGUCGCUGUUGCGCAUCCACGCUAUCUCCGCGCAGGAGCUUUUCUACAAAUGGGAGUCCUACUGUUUGAAGAUGGGGCCAGAUGAGCUGAAGCUGGAUCUGGAGACUGUGCGAUUAUUCAAGAAAGAUGUUCAGGAUACACUCGAGCGCGAAUCGCGGGGCAGAGCUGGGCGCCAAACAGACAGAAGAACGGCAGUCACUGCGACCCCGCGGGUUGCCAACACCUCCGAUGUUUUCGGAAUGUUAGAUGGACUCACACCGAACGGAUCCCAAGGCCGGACGCCGGCGAAGCGCAAGUCGGAUUUCGCGUCGCCGUCGAUGAACAAGAUCGGACGGACGAACCAGAAUGGUUCUCCCAUGAGCACAAACACCGGAGUCAGGACGACGAAUGGCGACGCACUCCCGUCGAUCUCAUUCAGCGAGCGGCAGAACGCCGGCGAGACGCUCGAAACGAUCAACUCCCACCUCCCCCUCCCCGAAACACCCAUCGCCCCGUACGCCGAAGCGCGGAUCAAGCCGACGGCGAACACGGACCUCAAGAAAUUCGGCUACAAGCCCAUGGCAAUGCGCCUGUCGGAGGCCUCGGAGAUCCUCGACGACCGGAUCGACGAGUUCACCGCACUGUUCCAGAAACAAUACGAAUCCGACGAGAUCACAUUCGGCAGCGCGGCGACGCAAAGCACGAGCGAGAUUGUGGCCGUGGGCCGCAUCGCAUCUGACAGCAUGGAGGGCAAGCUGAACCCGGCAUCGCUCGUCCUCGAGACGUCGCGACGGACGGGCGCCGGCGUGCGCGUGCCCCUGAAGCUCGACGGCGUCCCCUCAGCCAACUUCUUCCCGGGCCAGAUGGUGGCGCUGCGCGGGAUCAACGCCUCCGGGAACUACUUCUCCGUGAAAGAGGUGCUGCCCACGCCGCUGCUGCCGCCCGCGGCCUCGUCCGUUGUCAACAUCGAAAGCAUCAACGAGCGACUCGAGGCGGCCGGCGGCUCCUCUCCACUCAACAUCCUCCUCGCGUCGGGACCGUACACCGCCGACGACAAUCUCGCCUUCGAGCCGUUGAAAGAGAUCUGCCGCAAGGCCGCAGAGAGCUACGCCGACGGGGUCAUCCUGAUGGGGCCGUUCCUCGACGUGGAGCACCCACUGCUGGCGUCGGGGGAUUUCGACCUCCCCGAGAUCGCGGGGUUGGACCCUGACACGGCGACGCUGACGACCGUGUUCCGGCACUGCAUCGCCGCGCCGCUGCAGCGGCUGGCGCAGGCGGUGCCCAGCAUCACGAUCGUGCUGGUGCCGUCGGUGCGCGACGCGGUGAGCAAGCACGUCGCGUGGCCGCAGGAGCAGCUGCCCAAGAAGGAGCUGGGGCUGCCGAAGCAGGCGCGCAUGGUGUCGAACCCGGUGACGCUGUCGUUGAACGAGACAGUGAUCGGGCUGUGCUCGCACGACGUGCUGUACGAGCUGCGGCGCGAGGAGGUGCUGCACGGCAGGCCCAAGGAGGGGAACCUGCUGAGCCGGCUGCCGAAAUACCUGAUCGAGCAGCGACACUUCCACCCGAUGUUUCCCCCAACGGCGCGCGAGCUGCUGCCGCGGCCGGGGACGGAGACCGGGCUGGCGACGGGGGCGAUGCUGGACGUGAGCUACUCGAAGCUGGGGGAGUGGUGGAAUGUGCGGCCGGACGUGUUGAUUGUGCCGAGCAUGCUGCCUCCGUUUGUCAAGGUGGUGGAGAGUGUAACGGUGAUCAACCCGGGGACGCUGUCGAAGCGCCGCGCGGCCGGGACAUACGCCCAGCUAGCGAUCCAUCCACGGACGAUCAGCGCGGAGGAGCGAGACCAGAAGCAAGUCAGUCAUAAGCUGUACGAACGGACGCGGGUGGACAUCAACCGGAUCUGA